CGGCCCAUGAACUCUAGUUGUUGACUUCCUUCUGGAUGGAAAACUGUGUCCUGGUUCUGAAAGGGAAAGUGCGCGAAUUUUAGCGCCUCCUCGGAAAAAUCGGAGAAUGCUUUCUGCUCAAGGUGUCCUUCUGUUGAUUAUACCUUACAUAACUGCAGAAACAUUUACUGUGGGAUACAUAACAGGAUCUCAAAGACAUCCCGGCGAUUUCGAAUACUCAAAACCGGGAAGAACGAUAUCUGGAGCAAUAUCUUUGGCUGUCGAAGAAAUAAACAAUGGAACACUCGGUAAGAUGGGUCAUCAACUGAAAUAUAUCGUUGCCGAAACAUUCGGCAAGGAGGUGAUUAGCGUCCAAAAAACUGCCGACUUAUGGAAAAUGAACGUCUCAGGAUAUAUUGGACCUCAAGAAACAUGCGAGCAUGAAGCUUUUCUUGCUUCUGCUUUCAAUCUUCCAAUGAUUUCUUAUUAUUGCAUUCAUCAUGCUACGUCUGAUAAAUCGAAAUUUCCAACAUUUGCCAGGACACGACCGCCAGACACUCAAAUAUCAAAAUCAGUUGCUUCCGUUUUGUUGGCGUUCAAAUGGACCCAUGUGAUUCUGCUUUACUUGAAAUCGGCAGAUUAUGAAGAAUUCGAACAAGUGGCCGAAAUAAUAAAAGAAGUCCUUCGAAAUGCCGAUAUAACUGUAACCGCUUGUAAGAAUUGGUAUGAGCCUUUCCACUACGGAUACGAUAUUAACCCAUUUUACGCAAUUCUGGAAGAAACCUAUCGAGACACAAGAAUAUUCGUUAUAUUAGGACAUCAUUAUGAACAUUUGGGCUUAAUGAUAGCCAUGGAAGAUUUGAAUUUAUUCGAUGAAGGCAAUUAUUUCGUAGUUGGAGUGGAUAUUGAACAGUACGAUGCUAGGGUUCCCCAGAAAUACAUGAAGGGGUUGUUGAAAACGGAGAAGAUUCCAGUAGCAGAUAAGGCAUUUCGUUAUUAUUUGGGAAUAGUUCCUUCAAGUCCUUUGGGCUACGAGAAUUUUUCGAAACUUGUUAACGAGUAUAUGGAACUGCCGCCGUUCAGUUUUCCAAAUCCCUCGCAUUAUGUUGGAGGCAGAAAAAUGAUUCCCGCAGAAGCGGCAUAUCUGUACGAUGCCGUUCAUCUCUACGCAAGAGCCCUCAUUUCCGCUCUGAAAAAUGGGACUAAUCCAAGGAAUGGAACUGCUAUAAUCGAAUUCAUGAAAGAAACGCAUUACAAAAGUGCUAUGGGAUAUAUAGUGUAUAUGGACGAAAAUGGAGAUGCCGAGGGAAAUUAUACCUUAAUAGCUAGAAAGCCUUUAAGCAACAAUAGUAGAGGCUAUGGCCUAUUUCCUGUUGGAAAUUUUGCGUUGCGGAAUUCGAAUACGAAAUUACCUAUAUUAAACCUUCACAGUCAAAUCGAUUGGUUCAAUGGAUAUCCUCCAAUAGCUGUACCAGUUUGUGGUUUCAGAGGAGAGAAUUGUAUCAGUCACACAAUCGAAAUUCUCUAUGGAGUCACAGGGGGAGUAUUUUUAAUCCUCUUGAUUAUAUUUUUCGCACUUUAUAGAAACUGGAGAUAUGAGCAAGAAUUAGACAGCCUAAUAUGGAAAAUAGAUUUCAGAGAUAUACAAAUGAAUGAUGAUGAGAAAAUAACUUCAAAGGCAACUAGGCAAAACCAUCCAUUAAUAAGAACUAGUCAAGUUUCUCUCAGCUCGAAUCCGGAUGCCGAUUUCCGAUACUCAACAAUUUUUACUCAAAUCGGUAUUUACAAAGGUCGAGUAUUCGCCAUGAAGAAUAUUAAUAAGAAAUCUAUCGAUAUAACGAGGGAAAUGAAGAAAGAAUUGAAAAUGAUGAAAGAUCUUCAACAUGAUAAUCUGAACUCUUUCAUUGGUGCUUGUACUGAGCCACCAAAUAUUUGCAUCAUAACAGAAUAUUGCACGAGGGGGAGUUUAAAGGACAUUUUGGAAAACGAAGACGUUAAAUUGGACAAUAUGUUCAUAGCGUCUCUAGUGAGCGAUAUUUUAAGGGGAGUCAUCUAUUUACACGAGUCACCAAUUCGUUUUCAUGGCUCUCUCCACACGGGCAAUUGCCUGGUGGACUCUCGUUGGGUGGUCAAAUUAACGGAUUUUGGACUGAAAGAGUUCAAGAGAGGGAUUUCACAAGAGGAUUUAUUCAAGGAUCCUACAAAAACGAAAGAAAAGUUCCGUAAACUACUUUAUAGGGCUCCAGAAAUUCUAAGAAUGUCAGACGGUUUCGACCUGAAUAAUACACAGGGCAGUCAAAAAGGAGAUUCAUACGCAUUUGGUAUCAUUCUUUUCGAACUUUAUAACAGGCAUGGCCCUUUCGGAGACAGUAAUUUAUUAACAACUGAAAUAUUGACCAGAAUCAAGAACGUAACAAGUCCUCCGUUCAGACCUCCAAUAGAAUCACUAGAAAAUAGUUUUGAUUUUGUACGUGACUGCUUGAAGGAGUGCUGGCAGGAGAAUCCAGAAGAUCGUCCAGAUUUUAAGAGCAUUCGAACGAAAUUGAGGCCUUUGAGAAAAGGAAUGAAAUCUAAUAUUUUCGACAAUAUGAUGGCAAUGAUGGAGAAAUACGCAAACAACUUGGAGGUUUUAGUUGAUGAGAGAACGGAUCAACUACAAGAGGAAAAGAAAAAGACCGAAUCUCUUCUGUAUGAAAUGCUACCAAGGAGUGUGGCAGAUCAACUGAAAAAGGGUAAUAAAGUUGAAGCAGAGUGUUUCGACUGUGUCACCAUAUAUUUUAGCGAUAUAGUUGGUUUUACUUCAAUGUCUGCGGAGAGUACUCCUCUUCAAGUAGUGGAUUUCUUGAACGAUCUUUAUACGUGUUUCGACUCAAUAUUGGAAAACUAUGACGUGUAUAAGGUGGAGACAAUAGGAGACGCUUACAUGGUGGUUAGUGGUUUACCCAUCAGGAAUGAAAAUCAGCAUGCUGCAGAAAUAGCCACGAUGUCUCUUCAUUUGCUCUCUGCAGUUUCCAAAUUCACAAUACGCCAUAGACAGAAAGAAAAACUUCUUUUACGCAUAGGAAUACAUUCUGGGCCGGUAUGUGCUGGAGUUGUUGGACUUAAAAUGCCGAGAUAUUGCCUGUUUGGUGAUACAGUUAAUACAGCUAGUAGAAUGGAAUCAACUGGAAUGCCUCUAAAGAUUCAUUGCAGUGAACAAUGUGGGCAUUUAUUAAACAUAAUUGGAGGAUAUCAUUUAGUUGAGAGAGGUUUUGUCAAUCUCAAAGGUAAAGGAGAACAAAAAACUUAUUGGCUUCUAGGGGAAGAUCCAUAUUCUAGACAAAUGCGGACAGAGCAACGUAAGAUUCGAAGAGGCAUUCAGGUCGAAAAAUCUCCAAGAAGCUGCAUAACUGAUAGUAGUGGGCACGUGAUUACGAGAAGCUCCCUAAAAUCUAAGAACAAUACCAACAGAAGUCCAAUUCCCAGAUGUUCUUCCUUCGAGAGUCCGAAGCGUUUGCGUUUUGCCAGUCCUGAUCUGUCAAAAAAAACAAAUCAAACGCAAUUCUUAGAAGUCAUAUCGGAUGAUGGUUCUAACCAUAUGAAUGAAUGUUCGAAUAAGCGUAGACGUAGCUGCAGAAAUAGCUGGAAAGGAUGCAGUUCCUCCUGUCCUUGCAUAGAAGAAUUGACUAAUUCGACAAACUUGCCAGCCAAGCCUCAGUUUUCGAAAAAUGUUACUGAAAACUACUCAAAAACCUCUUGUUCCAGCGUUCCUUCCCUUUAUCCUCACUUGUCAGUACCACAUCAGCCUAUUAUUCAUACCUUAUCAGCGCCAUCUAGUCCCAGAAAGCCAGAAAAUUUCGUCGACAAUAUGCUUUCAAAAUUUCCAGAAUGUGAAGAAGUGAUUCCAUGGCCUGAAUCGACCCCAUUAUUGAAAAUUACCGAGCAUCAAAGCUAUGCUUGAGAAAAAAACUUGCUCGUUAUAUUCAGCUGAUUUACAUUUACAAUGAAAAGUUAUUCCUUAAAAUACAUCUGAAUUUGAUAAAUAACUUAUACAUUGAGUAUAUAGAAAUAUAGAUAUUUAAUAUACUCAAUGCUUAUACCAAGUAUACCCACUUAUGAGUGAUUAUAACUUAUGUGAGUCUUCCUUGGAUGUCAUAAUUUUUCUUGUAGUUUAUGAUAAAGCAGUUUAUGAAAAAAAAAUGGUUUUACUCAACUCCAUUUAAUACAUAGGCACCUUCAUAUUUCACUAUUUUUCAAGAUUGGUGUGGGUGGAUUCAGACAUCAACUGAGGAAGUGAAAAUAGAAAAA